UGUGAAAUUCUUGGGUUCGCUUUUUCAGGGAUUGUCCAUAUCAAUGAUUUUUCGUGUGCCCUAAUGGAGUGAAGAGAGGUUAUGUUUUUCAAUUUGGGGCUUAGGGAGCAAAAUCUCAAUUCGGUUCAUGUCAUUAUGCAUAAUCAAGGUCUACCAUGAUUUAAGAUUCUGGGUAUGAGUGUUCCAGAGGUUUCAAGAAUGCAGAUGAUGGGUGAUUCAGAACCGGAGGAGGCCAAGAGGUCCCCUUUGACUCCUCUUGCAACUCUUAUUAGUAGAGAAUUGAGAAAUGAUAGAGUGGAGAAGCCAUCUUUGAGAUAUGGGCAUGCUUCUCAGGCUAAGAAGGGAGAGGAUUACUUUCUGAUAAGAACAGAUUGUCAGAUAAUCCCCGGGUUUCCUAAAUCUGACUUUGCAGUCUUUGCGGUUUUUGAUGGACACGAGGGGAAUGCCGCAGCUCUAUUUGCCAAAGAAAAUUUGUUAAAUCAUAUUGUGAGUGCUAUGCCCCGAUGUGCCGAUAGGAAAGAGUGGAGUCGAAAUUUACCACAAGCACUCGUUGCUGGUUUCGUGAAGACUGACAAAGACUUCCGGAGUAGAGGAGAUAACUCCGGAACCACUGCUACUUUGGUGAUUAUCGAUGGAUGGACUGUAACAGUUGCAUCUGUUGGAGAUUCUCGCUGCAUUCUAGACUUGCACGAUGGUGCGGUUUCAUUGUUGACAGUGGAUCAUAGGCUAGAAGAAAAUGCUGAAGAGAGGGAACGUGUUACUGCAAGUGGAGGUAAAGUGGGAAGGCUGAAUGUUGGUGGGGGUCCUGAGGUUGGACCCCUUCGCUGCUGGCCUGGAGGAUUAUGCCUUUCGAGGUCAAUUGGUGAUACAGAUAUAGGGGAAUUUAUUGUUCCUAUACCAUUUGUAAAACAAGUAAAGCUCUCAAAUGCCGGAGGGAGGUUAAUAAUUGCUUCUGAUGGAAUCUGGGAUGCUUUGUCUUCUGAGGCAGCUGCAAAGUCUUGUCGUGGUUUGCCUGCCGAGCUUGCUGCCAGGCAACUUGUUAAGGAAGCUUUGAAGUCGAGGGGGUUAAAAGAUGAUACAACUUGCAUAGUUGUUGACAUUAUUCCUGACCAUUCCCAUCCACCUAUGGUGCCACAAAGGAAGGCAAGGAAUUUAUGGUCUCGUAUUUUCCGAAAGAAGUCUCAUGGUUCAGUGAGUGAACUAUCAAACAAGCCUUCUUCUGAUGGGGUGGUAGAGGAACUAUUUGAAGAAGGAUCAGCAAUUCUUGUGGAAAGGUCGCCUAGCGGGCGCCUUUUUGACCGCCUAAUCAUCCGCCUGACCGCCUACAGAGGCACCUAGUUCUGGUGCCUAAUAGUGACCGCUUUAAGAGUGCCUAGGUGUUUUCUUCAAAAAGCGGCUAGGCGGUCGGGCAGACAACUUUUUGAUCACUGAUGGCAUAAAUUUGAAAAAGUCAAAAAAUACUUGAAGCUUGGCAGCGUAUAUAUUGAUUGCCAUAAGGUGGUAUAUUUUUAAUUUUGACUCAUUGUAUAUUAAUCCCAUUAUGGGUAUUCAGUACAACAACUACUAAGGAAAAAGGACACGACAAAGAAUAAUUGAAGGGAAAAAAUCAAGUGAAUCGCCUGUUGCCUAUUCCAAGGGUCUGAUAACUGAGUGUCCUAUGCUUAUUGAAGGUUGUGAAGUCUUGGGAAUACAAGUCUUACAGGAUUGGAGAAUUCACCAUGAUCUUCUGUGUAUUUUGCAGGAUCUUAAAGAUAACAAUUACUAUUCAUUGUAAUAGCUAGUUGAAAAAUGUUCAACAUAGUAUUAAGAGAAAAAAACAUAUGGAA